AAAUUCAUUUUGUUUGCGGGCAGUUGAAACAUUUAAAAUGGGCGGAAAAAAAUUUAACGGAAUUUUCUUAUUGAUGGUCCUUCAAAUAUUCUUGGUGGCUACAACAACUGGAGAUGAAACGUAUGAAUCAGACCAAAAAACUGUGAAACCGUUGUUCGAUAUUAUUAGACAGCUCAGAAAUAAGUUAGAACAAAGUGAAACUAAGGAAAAGCAGAUAAGUGAAUUAAAUUCUGAUCUUAUGGAAAAAUAUCAUGAAAUUGUAAGAAUUCAUGAAACAUUCAUGAAGGAGGCAGAUCUAUUAAAUGAGUAUAAAAACAAAGUAAUCAAAGGGGAAAACGAUUUGCAAUUGUGUCAAAAUAAAAAUGAUAAAUCUGAAUCUGAAAUUAAUUCACAACAAAAUAUUAUUCUUAAAUUAAAAGAACAACUAACAGAUAAAUCCACCAACUUAGAAAAUUGUCAAGUUCAAUUAAAAUCUCUUAAUUCUAGAUUAAUUGAAAAAGAUGAAAAUAUAAAGAGAUUUAGUGAGAAUAAUACAGAACAUCAGAAAACACUUGAGUUGGCAUUAGAGAAGAGUAAAUCUAUAUUAAUAAAGCAUGAAAAUGAUAUUCAGUUAUGUCGUUCAGAAAUAAACAAAUUAAAUAGGAAAAAGAUUCAUUUGAAAUUAAAAGAAUGUGAAACUAAGCUAAUAGAUAAAGUAAAGGAAAAUCAGUUAUGUCAAUCUGCACUUGAUAAAUUAAGUCCCACAACAUGCAUCCCUUUCGGAGAUUAUCCAGGAGUUCAUCAACUCAAUGUCUCUGGCAUAGGUUUAUUCAAUGUUUUAUGCGAUAGUCACUUAGCUGGACCUGGAUGGAUUGUAAUACAACAACGAGUUGGGGGAAAUGAGAGUUUCAAUAGGGAUUGGGCAACGUUUCGCAAAGGUUUCGGUUCUUUUGAAAGUGAUUUCUUUCUUGGAUUGGAAAAAUUACAUCGUAUCACGAGCUUGCAGCGUUUCGAACUUUACAUACAUAUGGUUGAUGAGGAUGGAACCUACAACUUUCGUUAUGACGACUUCAAAAUAUCUGAUGAAGAUAAUGGAUAUGCACUGAGCUUGGGUAAAUUCAAUGGAACUAAUUUUGAUGAUGGCAUGAGUUACUCUAACAACAUGAAAUUCACAACAUUCGAUCACGACAACGACAAAGAAGAUUAUGGUAAUUGCGCAGUCUUUGAAGAAAGUGGCUGGUGGUACAAUCUUUGUGGUUUUUGUCAUUUAAAUGCACUAGAGCCAUGUUGGUGGGGCAAUGGGAAGAUUUUACUUAAAGAAGUUAAGAUGCUUAUUCGCCCCAAAGAAUAGAUGAAUAAGUGAUAAGCUGAAAAGCUGAAAUUCCCAUAUUUGACUCAAUUAUGUAAUCAUUUAUAUUAUAUAUAAUUGGUGUAUUAAGAAAUUGCGUUCUGAAAAAUAAAGCGAUUGACUAUUUGA